UAAUUAGUCAAAUUGAAACCAUUGGUUCUCAAAUACAUAACCAUUUAUUUCCUUAACUGAAAUAACUGCCAAGAGAGAUCUAACAACCAAUUGGCCUUUCUUUUGUUCUCUACAACUUAUUUAAAAGCUAAUUCAAAAAGGCUCAAAUGGCAUAUUUAUCAUCAACUCACCAUUGAGCCUCAAAGAAAAAAAUUAUGGCAGCUAAGGUUAGGGUUCUUGCAUCUAUUUUACUAGUUUGCGCGAUCCUAUUACCUUCGCUAGCCUCAUCAUUUCUUGAUCAUCAUCCUGAAUUUCUAGAACAUGAUUCUAGAAAGACAGACGUAAUGAUCAAUGGUGACAAUAAUAAUGUUGUUCGUGCCAACGACUAUGACUUCACAAUUCCUCGCUCAGAUGAUGAGAAAAGGAAGGAACGAUCCUUAAAAGUAAAAAAGUCGAAGAAGAACAAGAACAAGAAGGGAAAGAAGUUUCACGAGCACGAGACAUUCGAUUUUGAUCCCGUAUUUGGAGGAGGCCAACAAGAAGGAGAUUUAGGCAAACAUUCGCAUUUUUUCCCAGGAUUGAAUGUACCUCCGACUACAGAAGAACAUGGACAACUAGAGCUUAAUGGAGGAUUACGAGAGGGAUUUUAUCAAAAUACAUGUCCACAAGCAGAGAAUAUUAUAAAAAAUGGCCUAAUUAGGGCCGUUCAGAAUGACUCAACUAUUGCUGCUGCAAUCCCCAGACUUUUCUUCCAUGAUUGCUUUGUCAAAGGAUGUGACGGGUCAAUAUUGCUCGAUAAAACACCAAGUGGUGCAGAAGUAGAAAAGCUAUCGGGCACAAAUGGUGUUACGGUCAGAGGAUACGAACUCAUUGACGAGGUCAAAGCCGAACUCGAGCAAACUUGCCCGGGCAUCGUCUCGUGCUCCGACACUCUAGCCUAUUUAUCUCGCGAUGCCUUCGUUGCAUCGGGCCUCCCGCAUUACGAGGUGUCCGGUGGUCGACGUGACGGUAUGGAAUCGCUCGAAGCAAACGUAAAUGGCAACCUCCCAUUGCCUGGUGACACAGUGGACCAAAUGAUUGAUCUUUUUAAGAGAAAAGGCCUAAAUGCAGAAGAUUUAGUGGUCCUAAUUGGAGCCCAUUCAAUUGGAGUGGCCCAUUGUUUCAACUUCCUUUACAGAUUGGAUGAACCUGAAAAGGCCCAAAGGAUGGACCCAAGGCUUGCUGGUGUUAUGAGAUUUAUAUGCACUAACCAAAUGACUGCAUUAGCCUUUGAUGCCCAUACACAAUACAAAAUGGACUCUGCUUUUUACAAGCAAUUAUUGCAGAAUAGAGGCCUACUUGAGUCUGAUCAAGUAUUGACCCAAGAUAUUAGAACAAAGGGCUAUGUCCAAAACUUUAGUGAUGAUGAAAUGGACUGGUUUAAUAAAUUCGGCAAGGCCAUGAACAAACUCGGAGCGAUAGAAGUGCUCACUGGAAAUCAAGGGCAAAUCAGGAAACAAUGUCGAGCUGUUAACUUAUAAGAGUUUAGCUUAUAUACGCUGGCAGUGUCCUAAUAUGUAUCACAAUUUGGAUGAUUAGUUUCUCUUUUUUUUUUCCCCUUCUCUUACAAGGGCUUAUAAAUUAAGCAAUCAUAAGAAGGUGCAAGAAGAUGUAAUUUGUUAAUUAAAACAUCAUCCUAGACAAAAUGCCUAGUCCAACAAGAAAUAACAGGAUUUCACUUUCCCCAAUGCUUCAGAUAUUGACCUUGAUUGUGUAUUGAUGCAAAACGGCAAAGUUAUAGCCUAUAUCUCGCGACAGUUGAAAAACCUGUUUUAAACUGUAUUAAAAUGCUUUAUAUUGCAGAAAAAUACAAAAGGAUAAUCCAGAGCAGAUUCUAUGUUUCCUAAUCAAUAAUGUAAGAAACUUAUAUUGAUUUCACUUUCAAUACAAAUUUCCAACUUUACCA